ACUGUAUUAGAUUACCGGAUUAUUUAGGCAAGUUAACUAUUUUCAAAAUAAGUAAAAUUAACUUGUCUCUCUGGCAAAGCUUGUCAUCCAGUUUUAGAAUCUUGAUCUUAAAUGCCAGCUAGAUCUAGCCACUAUAAAUGAGUAGCUGCCCAGCCACUCAGACAGGCAGGAGUUGAUCGAGGAGCAAUUCUCAGUCUUAAAGCAGAAGGUGGAGCCAGGAGGUGAGCGAGCCCCGGUCCCCCAUGACUGAUGUCUGCAAGAUUUCUCAGGAAUGCCAUUGGAGGGCAGGCAGUGAGCUUAUGCUUCUCCUUUACCUCUGAGGACUGUGCUGGCUACGGUAGAAGAAGACCAAGCAAGCCCACUCCAGGUCAGGCCACAGGACGGCUUGUGAUGUAUGCAGACAUUGCCUGGUGGUUUGGAAAUCAGAGGAAGAUGAAGGCUCGGGCCCCCCUGCCCCCUGGCAAGCCUGCUACCCUGAGUGUGCAUGGUGAACAGAACCCUGCAGCCCUUGGCUCACAGCAGAACCUGGUCCACAUGAAGGAGGCGCUGCGGAAUAGCACCCUGGAUGUUACUGUGGUUCUGCCCAGUGGGCUGGAGAAGCAGAGUGUGGUGAAUGGGAGCCAUGCGAUGAUGGACCUAUUGGUUGAACUCUGCCUUCAGAACCACCUGAAUCCUUCCCACCAUGCCCUUGAAGUUCGGUCUUCGGAAACCCAACAGCCUUUGAGUUUUAAGCCAAAUACUUUAAUUGGGACCUUGAAUGUGCACACUGUGUUUCUGAAAGAGAAAGUUCCUGAAGAGAAGGUUAAGCCUGGCCUGCCUAAGAUGCCAGAGAAAUCGGUGCGUUUGGUAGUGAAUUACCUGCGGACCCAGAAAGCUGUCGUGCGUGUGAGCCCAGAGGUGCCACUGCAGAAUAUUCUGCCAGUCAUUUGUGCGAAGUGCGAGGUCAGCCCAGAUCACGUGGUUCUGCUCAGGGACAACGUGGCUGGGGAGGAGCUGGAGCUGUCCAAAUCCCUGAAUGAGUUGGGCAUAAAGGAACUGUAUGCCUGGGACAACAGAAGAGAAACAUUUAGAAAAUCAUCACUUGGCAAUGAUGAGACAGAUAAAGAGAAGAAAAAAUUUCUGGGAUUUUUCAAAGCCAAUAAAAGAAGCAAUAGUAAGGCUGAGCAGCUUGGGCUGUCAGGCGCAGACAGUGAUGAGGAGGCCACCCAGUCAGCCUCACAAAGGGGCAUGAACGGCUGCUUAACAACGCCCAACUCCCCAUCCAUGAAUUCGAGGUCCCUUACGCUGGGUCCGUCCAUUUCACUGGGCAACAUCUCAGCGGUAUCCCUCAAGUCGGAGAUGAAGAAGCGCCGAGCUCCUCCUCCUCCAAGCCCAGGGCCACCAGCUCAAGACAGGGCAUCGGAAAAGGUAUCUCUUGGCUCCCAGGUUGAUCUGCAGAAGAAGAAGCGACGGGCACCUGCUCCCCCUCCGCCACAGCCACCACCACCAAGUCCCCAGGUCCCCAACCGCCAGGAGGCCAGGGAGGAGAACAGGAAGAGCACAGUGGGUGCUGGACGGCAGGUGCCACAAAAGCCGCCCAGAGGCACGGCUCGGGGCCCACCCCAGUUAGUGCUACCCCCGCCCCCACCUUACCCUCCUCCUGACACAGACGUGGUGGAGCCUCUCUGCUUUCCAGGGGAAGGUGCUGCUUCCCAGGCCUCAGAGCUGAGACCCAAACUAAGCCUGCCCCUGGGACCUGCUGGUCACUGCAGUGUGGAUGGAGUCCCGCCUCUGCCACCAGAGGCCGAGGAGACAGGGUCCGUGGGCAGCUGUUUCGCCUCAGAGGACACAACUGAAGACUCAGGGGUGAUGAGCUCCCCCUCGGACAUUGUCUCUCUGGACUCCCAACAUGACAGCCUGAAGUCCAAGGAUAAGUGGGCCACAGACCAGGAGGACUGCAGUGACCAGGACCUUGCAGGAACCCCAGAACUGGGUCCACAAAAGAGCCCAUCAUGGGAGAGGGAUGGCUCUGGAAAUUCACAUCUGAGGACUGAGAAAGCUGCCAUUCCCUCAAAUCAUGAUGAAGACCUACUCAUUACUGGACAAUUCCAUAAAACCCUGGAAGAACUUGAUGAGGACCUGGAAGAAAUGGAAGAGAGUUAUGAGUCAGACAUCAGCUCUCUAACCAACUCUAUAAAUGGUGUGCCCCACCACUGCAUGCAAGAGACCAUAAUUCCCUAUGGUGAUGUGGAUACAAUUCCAGUAACAUUCAUUGGAGAAGUUUCUGAUGAACCUAUGGAUUCCGGGCUGCCUUCCAAUAGAAAUAACAAUGCUGGUUCUUUUGACAUGGGGGGUGUUGCCAGCAGGAGAGCCCACCUGCUCCCAUUUCAGGCUAAGCACAGCCAGCCACAUGGAGGGACAAGGGAAGAAAGACCUGAUCCCUACCCACUUUCCCAGGACAUCAGAAAGGGAAUCCAAUCACCCUUAGCCAAUGUUUCUGAAGAUGGGACUCCAAUUAAAAUGGGGCUCAAGGUGACUUCUUUUGCCUCAAAACUUUACAAAGAUGACCUAAAUACAAAGGGGAAAGGCAAGGUACAUGGCUCUGUUCACAAUGAGCAGACACAGGCCACCCAGAGAGUAACUUCACAGCCAGGCAAUGAAAAGGACAGUGAUGAUGAAAACCCUGCCUUUGCACCACCACCAUGGUCUCAGCGAGGCCAAGUCCCAGGAGGAAGUUAUGGACUUAAGUAUGGCCUCACAACAUAUAAAAUUAUUCCUCCCAAGUCAGAGAUGAGGUGUUAUGAUAGGGACGUGUCCCUGUCCACGGGCGCCAUUAAGAUCGACGAGCUGGGGAAUCUGGUGAAUCCCCACAUGAGUGGAAGAAGGGCCACAUCCCUCUCGUCAACAGUAGUUGAAACAGAAACUCAACCCAUUGGGAAAGUCAAAGAGUUCUGGAGGUGUAACUCAAUGGAAAAGCAUGUGAGCCAACCCACAGAGAGCUCAGCCAAGUGGACCCCCUCCACUAACACCACUACCGCCACCACCACCAUGCCAGCAAAGCCACAGCAAGAAAAUAGACUCAAGGCAACCCCUACAAUAACCCCAGACCAACAGCCAUCUGGCCACCAAGAAUACAGCGUACCCCUGGAGGAGGGGAGAAGCCAGCAGCCCUCAGCAAUCACUUGUCACAUGAAAGUGCCAGCAGCUAACAGCACAGAAAUCACGUUCCUCAAGCCUCACAGAAGAACGUCCAGCCAGUAUGUGGCCUCUGCUAUUGCCAAGCGGAUAGGACCCAUGAAAGUCCUCACUGAUGUGGUGCAGCAACAUAAAAAUGCUGAGAAGGGUCACAAAGACAGAAGACCAAAGCUGGUAGGACCGCCUCCCACUGUGAAAGACAACUCGGCCCUCAACCCAUACUCAGAGGCACAAGGACAAAAGCAUGAUAUGAAGCAGACCUCUGCCCACCAUCACAGUGAUCCUAGGGCAGAUUCAGCAGCAGGAUCCCAUUCCAAAGAGGAGGUCAGAAGCCCAUAUGGAAAGUCGUCCACUCAAGACUGUCCUGCUGCUGUCCACAGAAGUUCUUAUUUCCCACUAGUCAGAUCUUCCCAGAGGGAUUGUAUUUCUGUGGGGCAGAGCUGUGGUUUCAAUGCAAAGCAAAGCCCAAGUAACCAAAAGACCAGCUCAGCAUCUGACCCCAUGUGCCCACUGGACAGGGCACACCCUCUUCCUCCACACUUGCCAGAUGCUCAGAGUUCUGGCAAAACACUGGAGAAUGGCUCUACCUGGGUCCCAGGCAACAGUGAGCCCCCUUGUUCUCCAAAAGUGUCUGCCGCUACUAACUACAUUGUCCAAGAAACCAAGGAAAAACCCAAUGUGUUCUCUUCAGCUGUUCAUGAAACAGACGGUUCUUUGCCACCUAGCAUAUUUGGGCCAAUGAAAAAAUUCAAGCCUGUUGUUCAGAGGCCAGUUCCAAAAGACACUUCCCUACACAGCACCCUGAUGGAAGCCAUCCAUUCAGCCGGAGGGAAGGACAGCCUCCGCAAGACUCCAGAACACACCUCAGACAGAAGGCCAAAGAAACCAUCCUACAUGGAGGCAGAGAGUGAGCGAUCAGCACUGCUCGCAGCCAUCCGGGGGCACAGUGGUGCUCACAGCCUGAGGAAGGUGUCAUCUCUUGCCUCCGAGGAGCUCCAGAGCUUCCGAGAUGCUGUUGUCAGCCCGGGUUCACAAAGUUGUCAACAAGAAGACCUUGGCCUUUCACCCCCACAAGCCUUGCCUCCACCUCCACUUUCACCUCAUGCCUUCCAGGCCCCAUCAGCAGCAAGGAUGGCUUCUAGGUCCAGCAUGGGCACCCUCAGCAACCCAGUAGAUGCCAGGCAAGCCUUGAUGGAUGCCAUCCGUUCUGGCACAGGGGCUGCAAGGCUGAAAAAGGUGCCCUUGCUCGUGUGAAUCGUGCACUACAGUCACAUGCCUGCAGAAACCCUCCUGUAGGAUGCCAGAAUCAUCACCCAAGGGACCCAUGAGGCCGGUAACAUCAAGAUGUGGUGUCACUUUCUUGUGUCCAGGCCAAAGCGCACCCAGUGGAUUUUUGGUGUUCCUGCAUCGUGGUUGGAAAGGGGAGGCUGUGUUGCUAUGCGGCUUGUGUGCCAAGGAAACGUGUUUUCCUCUGAACACUUAGUGUUGCCAAUAAACUAUUCUUGUUGGCAGGUUAAUGGGAACAUAAACGCUGGAGCCCAACAAGGGCACUAAUUAUGUUUAUGGGACAGUGAGAAGAAUCAUGCCUUAGAUUGAUUUUGAACCUUUGAGACUUUGACUACACAGGGAUGGUUAAAAUCAUUUACUUGUUUAAAAUUGUUUGAACACUAAGGGGGAAAAGCAUAAAUCAACAGAAGCAGUUGGAAAACUACUUGCCUCGCACAAUGCUAUGUGUUUUGGGGGUAAGAAGAGAGUUGAAAGAUGUUUGCAAAGAUGACCUUUGCUGGGUAAUAAAAGUUUUAGAUUCUUCUAUUCCUUUUUUCUGCCACUUUUUCUAUUAGAAUAUAUCAAUUUUACAAAAUCAGUUAGAUACUUAUUCCUCAGAUAUUUGAGGCCAAUACCUCACAGAAGGUCUCAGGCCAUGAUCUGACCAUCCAAGCUUUGAAAAAUCAACAAGUGCCACCCAGCAUAAUAGCCCUACUUGAUUGUGUAAACACGAUCUUCCCAAGGUGGCAGAGAUCCCCAGGGGGGCUGUGAAGUACAGCAGGCCACCCUGAGGGAACCUGUGUACGGAGCCCAGGGACUUCACUGGGAACCUUCUGAAAUCCUGCAGAAGACAAAGUUGAGGGAUGCUGGGUGCCCUCAUGUCACAGACAGUGGGUCCAAGAUACACUUUAUACUUCAUGGCUUGGAUUUGAUCUUGCAUUUCCCCUCACAGUGCCCUGUAUUCUAUGACAGUCAUCUUGUAGCACAUGGUGCUCAGUCA